CCCCACUCCUGACUCUCGGAGUCCUCAGAUGCAAGAGACCAGAGGGGAACUCUCCAUCCACCGGCCGGACGUCUCCUCCCCGUCGCCAGCCCCAACCCCCUGGCUGCUCCUGCCCUGGGAAGGCCUGGAGGGAGAGGCCAGGGAAACAGCCUGCCCCUUCUCCCCCAUCCCUCCAUCCACCCAGCACCAGCAUCUGGAGACCCCAUGGCCUGUGCUCGCUGGGGCUGCUGCCCCUGGCUUGUCCUCUUCUGUGCUUUGGGUGCCUGGGGCCACCCUAAACCAGUGGACCUGAGUGGAGAGGAUGUGAGAAACUGCUCCAUCAGCCCUCCGUACCUUCCAGUUACUGCGGUCAAUACCACGGCACAGCUCACAGCCCUCCGCCAGCAGAUGCGCAUCAAGAAUCUCUCUGCCUACAUCAUCCCUGAAACGGAUGCCCACAUGAGUGAGUAUAUCGGCAAUCGUGAUAAGAGGCGUGCGUGGAUUACAGGCUUUACAGGGUCAGCAGGAACGGCAGUGGUGACCAUGGGGAAAGCAGGUCUCUGGACUGACAGUCGCUACUGGACCCAGGCUGAGCGGCAGAUGGACUGCAACUGGGAGCUACAUAAAGAAGUUGACAUAACUUCCAUCGUCACCUGGCUCCUCAAUGAGUUUCCUGCCGGAGGCAGUGUGGGCUUCGACCCCUUUCUCUUCUCCAUCGGUUCCUGGGAGAGUUACAACACGGCUCUCAAAAACUCUAACAUAAAACUGGCGUCCACCACAGCCAACCUUGUGGACCUGGCAUGGGGAUCAGAGAAGCCUCCGUUUCCAAGCCAGCCCAUUUAUGCCCUGCAGGACGCAUUCACAGGGAGCACCUGGAAAGAGAAGGUAGCUGACAUCCGCAGCCAGAUGCAGAAGCAUCGCAAAGGCCCAACUGCAGUCCUUCUGUCGGCACUCGAUGAGACGGCCUGGCUCUUCAACCUUCGAGGCAGUGACAUCCCUUAUAACCCCUUCUUCUAUUCCUACACACUGCUCACAGACUCCUCUAUCAGGUUAUUUGUAAACAAGAAUUGCCUUGACUCUGAGACCCUGAAGUACCUGAACUCCAACUGCACGGGCUCCAUGUGUGUGCAGCUCGAGGAUUACAGCCAGGUCCGUGGCACUGUCCAGACCUAUGCCUCCGGAGACGUGAAGAUCUGGAUCGGGACCAGCUACACGACAUACGGGCUCUAUGAAGUGAUACCUGUGGAAAAACUUAUAAAAGACGCCUACUCCCCAGUGAUGGUGACCAAGGCAGUGAAAAACAGCAAAGAGCAGGCCCUCCUCAGGGCCAGCCACGUGCGGGAUGCCGUGGCUGUGAUCCGCUACUUGGUGUGGCUGGAGAAGAACGUGCCCAAAGGCACGGUGGAUGAGUUCUCAGGGGCCCAGGGGCUGGACCAGUUCCGCAGAGAGGAAGCGUUCUUCUCUGGACCCAGUUUCGAAACCAUCUCUGCUAGUGGCCUGAAUGCUGCCUUAGCCCACUACAGUCCAACCAAGGAGCAGCACCGGAAGCUGUCUUCAGAUGAGAUGUACUUGCUGGAUUCUGGGGGGCAAUACUGGGACGGAACCACAGACAUCACCAGAACAAUCCACUGGGGUACCCCCUCUGCUUUCCAAAAGGAGGCAUAUACCCGCGUGUUGAUAGGAAAUAUCGAUCUGUCCAGACUCGUCUUUCCUGCUAGUACAUCAGGGCGAGUGAUGGAGGUCUUUGCCCGCAGAGCCUUGUGGGAUGUUGGGCUCAAUUAUGGUCACGGGACAGGCCAUGGCAUUGGCAACUUCCUGUGCGUGCACGAGUGGCCAGUGGGAUUCCAGUCUGGCAACAUCCCCAUGGCCAAGGGCAUGUUCACUUCCAUCGAGCCUGGUUACUAUCAGGAUGGAGAAUUUGGGAUACGUCUUGAAGAUGUGGCCCUCGUGGUAGAAGCAAAGACCAAGUACCCAGGGUCCUACCUGACCUUUGAAGUGGUGUCCUUGGUACCCUAUGACCGGAACCUCAUUGACGUCAGCCUGUUGUCUCCCGAACACCUCCAGUACCUGAACCGUUACUACCAGACCAUCCGUGAGAAGGUGGGCCCAGAGCUGCAGCAGCGCUUGCUGCUGGAGGAGUUCGAGUGGCUGCAGCGGCACACAGAGCCCCUGUCCGCCAGGGCCCCAUGUACUGCCUCCUUGGCCUCUCUGCUGGCAGUCUCCUCUCUUACCAUCCUCAGCUGGAGCGUCUAGACGCGCAGACUCCCUGGCCAACGCUCUAGCUCAUCUCCCCUCACCCUGCACCACCCGCGCUCCCAGAGCCCCUGCCAACCCAUUGCCCGGAAACCAUUGCCCUCAGCUUUCUUCUCCAGGACUAAACCCCAGAGACCCAGGGCUUCUUGGCCCUGGCAUGUCCCCGGUGGGCCUGUACACCUCACCCUAGGCUCCCAACCCCUAGCCCUGGGAUAGGAGAGUCCCCUGGCACCUUUCCUCUUGUGAGCCCAGUAGGCCUAACCUAUAACCCCCACCCCCGCAAAGACCAGUAUAAGGCAGUACCCUAUCCCCAGGGUCUCCACGCCACCCCCCCAAGAGCCCCACCCUAUCACCACCUGCUGGAUAUACUGGAGCUCUUCCCACCCCCACUGGCUCCUGACUUGGUCUUUCCACACCCUUGAAGCUGCUUCUGACCAUCUCCCAACCCGCCCCUGGCCCUACAGCGCCCUUCUGGCCUAGGGUCCCUGCUGAACCUGUGAAGGGAGAGGAAGGGAAGGAGGCUGAGUCUUCUGCAACCAGGGAGGCCAGCCAGAAAGGGGCACGUACGUACACCAGCCUGCCCCCCACGUGAGAUUGUCACUUCUAAACCCUGGGUGGAUUCCAUGCCAAGGCACAAGACAGGGAGUUCAGCCAUAGGAACUGGGCCGUGGGGUAGGAGGGAAUGUGGGGAGCGUUUUGGAAUAUGACCCUACCCAAAGUUGGGAACAGCCUCAGCAGCAAUGCCCAAUCACUAUCCCAGACUCCCCAGCACGUGUGUGGCCAUUUUAACCUUCCAAAAUGCAGCUACAAUGACAAUGCCAACAAAUCCUCCAGCAUCCUCAGAUGGUCUUGAACUUGUGUGGGCUGGCUCAACUUGUGGGACUCUGCUUUUCCCAUUUUACAGAUAGGAAAACUGACUUCCGGCACGGGGGACCUCUCCAAGGAUACAGUGUUUGGGUGGGACACAGGCGGAGUCAGAAUGGGCCCACAGUCCGGCUAUUUUGCCCUUUGGCACUAUGUAAAAUCCCUUAGCAUACCUCCCAGCCCCUUCCAAGUUCACUGAGCCUGCUGCUGGGGGCAGGGCGGAGGGGAGGGAGGGAGUUUUCUUUGGUCAGCCCUGCCGUUAGCCACCUGGGCUCACAUCCUGCUAGAUACUUAAAACAGCAUGGCAA